AGACUUUUCCAGAGCCACGCGCCAGGGAGGUGGCACCACCGCGCGCCUGCCUGGCGCGGUCGUGACGUCAGGCUUACGCUAGUGGCGAUUGGCUGAGGAAAUGUGGCGCGGACGGGCGCUGGCGCGAGUGAUUGGACAUGCCGUUAGGGGGCGGUGUCUGAAGGCGGGGCUUGCUGCGAAGAGCGUUGAAAUACGGCGCACCUCCGCACUUCAAGGCGCUUCUAGCCGGAGUCUCUGUGUUCUAGGUCAGAUCAGACAUUCUGUCAUAAUGCCAGAAAUAAAUACCAGCCAUCUCGAUGAAAAACAAGUUCAACUUCUAGCAGAGAUGUGUAUUCUUAUUGAUGAAAAUGACAAUAAAAUUGGGGCUGACACCAAGAAAAACUGUCACCUGAAUGAAAACAUUGACAAAGGAUUAUUACAUCGAGCUUUUAGUGUCUUCUUAUUUAAUAGUGAAAAUAAGCUCCUGUUACAGCAGAGAUCAGAUGCUAAAAUUACCUUUCCAGGUUGUUUCACCAAUAGUUGCUGUAGUCAUCCAUUAAGUAAUCCAGGUGAGCUUGAAGAAAACAACGCCAUUGGUGUAAAACGAGCUGCACAGAGGCGCUUAAAAGCUGAAUUGGGAAUUCCCUUAGAAGAGGUUGAUCCAAAUGAGAUGCAUUAUCUAACACGAAUUUACUACAAGGCCCAGUCUGAUGGUAUCUGGGGUGAACAUGAAAUUGAUUAUAUUUUGUUUCUGAAAAAGAAUGUAACCUUGAAUCCAGAUCCCAAUGAGAUUAAAAGCUAUCUCUAUGUAUCAAAGGAAGAACUCAAAGAAAUUAUGAAGAAAGCAGCCAGUGGUGAAAUUAAGUUAACUCCAUGGUUUAAAAUUAUUGUAGACACUUUUCUCUUUAAAUGGUGGGAUAACUUAAACCAUUUGAGUCAGUUUGUUGAUCAUAACAAAAUACAUAGAAUGUGAAUGUGUAACUGAAUUGAAAAUUUUUUCUACCUAGUAAGAUAGGUUGGUUUUUUUUUUUUUUUUUUUUUUUGUUUUUGUUUUCUUUUGUUUUGAACUGGGCUCCCUUUUAUGAUACAUGGGUAUUUUACAACCAGAAUUUGUUUGAGAAAAAAGCCCACUGACUUACAGUUUUGUAUUAUCUAUCCCAUGUGUAUGCAAAGAUGUUUAUAGAAGACAUUUAUGAGAGGUUAUUGCAAAAUUAUGCCAUAAAUAAAACUUAAUUUAGCCUGUCCAAAUAUAUGACUGACACGAUUGAAGAAAUAAGUAGAACUCUUCAUUUUUUUACAUUUUGACAAACAUUUUCAGAACACUUUGCUAUUUGCCAAGUGUUAUCAUUGUAGACGAAUUUCUAAGUGGUCUUAUUAAAUAAAGACAGAAAAAUGAGCAAAAGAGACUACUUAGCUGCUUCAAAACAGCACUUAUAUAUUUAACUGGUUAAGGCCAGGGAUACAGCUCAGUGGUACCAUGAUUGCUUUGCAGGCAUGAGGUCACGGGUUGUUGAGUCCCUAAUCCUUAAAAUAAUUAUAACAAUAAUAACAGGCAGAGCAGGUUCAAGGGAGAGUAAAUGGUAUCCAAUCACCCUCAUAAUUUCAGGACCCCCUUCAUAAUCAAAUCUCUGGAUGCUCAAGUCUUAUACAAGAUGACAUUGUAUUUGACUUAUGCACAUCUUUAACUCUUCACCUCAUCUCUGGGUUGGUUGUAGCACUGAAUACAAUGUAAAUGCUAACAAAUGAUUGUUUUACUAUGCUUUGUGAUAAAUAAAAGUCUACAUGUCUGCAUAUUCAA